AUGGCGCGCCAGGCUCCUCCGCGUGGGACGCGCGUUCCGCGGCUGCUGCUGCUGCUCGCCCUGAUCGUCUCAUCAGCGACAGUGACUAUCGCUGUCGCACAGGAUCAUGAUACAUUCGCUGCAGUCACCUACCUGUUGGCCACUCAUAUCUUGUCGUUGGGUCCGGGGUACACUGUGUCUGUGAAUGCCGCAACCAACCCGCCUUCGCUCUCCGUUGUCGACUGGAACGGCGCGCCUGUCGCGCCCACCUAUAACGCGGACGGAUCCGCCACUGUUGCCGGGUACACCGCGUACCAAAACGGCACCGUCACUGGUCCGGGCGGCCUUACCAUCUACCUUCAAGGUUCCAGCUCUGAUCCAUUGUUCUCGAUGGGAACAACAACAGUUCUAAGGAACGGAACCAUUGUGGACGGUUCGGGAAAGAAACUCGUGCCGACGAAAAACCCUAAAGGGGACGGGUCGUACACAGCAGGGGACAUGACUGGGUGGCCUAGAAACGGCCUCAUCAUUGGCAGCGGUGGCGCGGUGAUCAACGCCGGCGCGCCGCUCACCCUCACAGCGGACGGCAGCGUUGCUUUCGCUCCGCGGGUUGCUGUUCCCGUGCCUGGCGUCGCCAUCUCCGCGAAUCCCGCCACCCGCAGCCUGUCGUUCGGCGGCUAUACACUGUGGUUGACCGGCACGAAUCUCUCCCUCCUAGAUUCCUCCAGCAAGCCUGUCCAAACCACCACCAACCCCGACGGGUCCCGCUCUGUUGACGGCUGCACGCUUUACAAGAACGGCACGAUUGCGGCUCCGGGCGGCAUUGCUAUUGACACUGCUGGGCCCAACGCGGGGCUGCGUGUGGGAAGAACGACGGUUCUGGUAAACGGAACGGUUCUGGACGGUACGGGAGCAAAGAUUGUGCUGAUCCGGAAUGAGGAUGGGUCGUACAGUGCAGGGGACGUGAAAUGGUGGGGCAACGUCACUAUUGUUGUAACCAGCACUGGUGUGGUGCUCUAUGCUGGGGCGCUGCUGACCGUCACAGCUGACGGCAGGGUCGCUUUGGCCUCUCCAUCCAUUCCCACUGCUGCCGCCGCUUCUCCUUCUGCUGGUGCCGCUGCUUCCUCUGCUGAUGCUGCUUCUCCUCCUACUAAUGCCGCUUCUCCUCCUACUGAUGCCGGUGUUCCUACUGCUGAUGCCGGUGCUCCCCCUGCUGGUUCCACUUCUCUCCCGGCUGGUGCUUCUACUCCUGCCGCUGCUCCUCCCCCACCCAAGACUUCUGGUUCGCUUGUCCCCACUGCUCUCGCUGCCCUUACAACUCUCGCCCUUGCCCCACUCGUGUUCAUGUAG